CAGCCCAACAAAUUAUACAGCCACAGCAUUCAAGAAAAUUGAAAAGGCCAACGACAUUUCAAAAUCAAUUUACAUUUACACGCCAACUAGAAUAUUCGAAUUUAGGGUUCAUCUCGAUCCCAUCCACCAAGUCCUUGAAAUUCGAUCAAAUUGGGGCCAAUUCUUUUUCGUCUCUCAUUUCUCCAAUUCAAAUUGUUUGAAAGGAAUUUUAGAGACGCGUGAAGUCUGUUUGAGAAUACAUUAUGAAGUUCUUAGAAUACACUCCUCUUGAAAGAAUAAAUGAGUUCUUGAGCAAUUUAAAUCUUGGAGAACGGACAAUCAAGGGAUGUCUUGAAGCUUACUCUUGCAAACACACUGGAACAGACAAGAAGCUUUCUCUCAGUUUGGAGCACGAGAUCCUUGAUUAUCUUGGGAGAUCUUCAGACACCGAUUCAUCCUCUCCUGCUGAAUACUUAUUGAGCAGAUCCAGCCGAAAGACAUUGAUUUAUCUUGUUCUUACACUCUAUCACAUGUAUCCGGAUUAUGACUUCAGUGCCAUGAAAGCUCACCAGUUCUUCACAGAGGAAACUUGGGACACUUUCAAGCAGAUUUUUGAUACUUAUAUGUUUGAAGCAUCGAAGGAAUGGAUCAAUGAAAAUGAGGAUAGCUCAUUGUUGGAAACAUUGUUCAAGGCUCUAGAUGAGGUUGUAAAACUAGGAGAAUGCGAAAUCUACAGCUAUGACCCUGAUUCUGAUGCAGAUCCAUUUCUAGAGAAAGGAGCAAUCUGGUCUUUUAGUUUCUUUUUCUACAAUAGAAAACUAAAGCGUGUCGUCAGCUUCCGUUUCUGUUGUGUAAGUAACUUAGUGGCCGAGGGGUUUCUUAUUGACAAUUCAAGUUAUGAGGAAGAUGAGGAAAUAUUUGAUGGCAUGGACAUGUGAGUGCUAACAGGUCAUAGGCUGUUAGCAUGAUGUUCAUAUGUGAAGGCUUUUGUUAUCAAUCAGGAGUUAUGUAGUGCCAUACUCAUGGCACCUAAGUUGUAGGAUUAGCUUUUCAACUUCCGGCAUGUAAUUACUAUAAUCUUGUAGUUAAGAAAGAUGAUGUCCAUAAAACGUGUAUCUGAAAUCUAUUGCUAGGCUUGUAAUUAGAUUUAAGGAUUCUAGUCUCUAGUAGACAUUCAUCUCUUUUCUCGUUCUUAAAUAGUCCUAUUUUGUGUACUUGGUGUACGACGUGCAUGUAUGUGCUGUGUGCAUAUGGAAGAAUAAUUUGCUGGCUCGAUAAUUUAGAUCCACUAAUCGCCUCCUCGGA